GGCCCGUCGGGAUACGUGAUCUGUUUUAAACCCAAACCCAAAGCCCUGGUUCUCUCUCUCAUGAAAUACCGAAAUCAAGUCUCGAGCAGAAAUUUGAUAGAAUUCGCUGCUUCUCGAAAAUCACACGAUGGAUCCAAAAUCGCUGGAGCUUGCAACUCCUCUCCAAAUUCUCCCGCCCGUGGAAUUUUGCUGCGCCUAUGGAUCCUCUCUCCUCUCCAACAACAAUGACAAGACUUCAAUGGUGGAUUACAUAUUAGGGGUUCUUGAUCCUAUCGAAUGGCACUCCAAAAAUUUGGAAAGGAACAGGCACCAUUACUCAAAGUUUAUGGCAGGUCUCGGCCCCAAAGCGCUUGCAUGGGUGGCGAACAGGAUUGGUGCAGGGGUGCAUUUCAAUCCAUUUGUUGAAUGGAAAAACAAGGAGAUAAAGUAUGGAGUAGUAGGGGUACAAGAUUUGGCACGAGAAGUAUUGACGUGGGACAAGUUCUUCCUGUGUGGUCGUCUGCAAAAACCUGUUCAUGUCCUUGUUGAUAACUGGGACAUAAGAAAGGCGAACUUAGUUAACUUAAAAUCAGCAACUUCUGCUGCUCUCCUCCUUUUGCCACCUGAAUUUAGUGAGGAAGAUUUAUACGCUAAGAUAUGCAGUCUAUCGUACACGGGUGAUUUACGCAUGCUUUUUGCGGAGGACAAAAAUAAGGUCAAUAAGAUUGUUCGAGGAAGUUUUGAGUCAUUUCGUUCAAUGUAUAGUCCCAUGUUACAAGAGUAUGCAGUUGAGGGGUUGCUUCGAUCCCAUGCUUUAAGUGCUAACCAAAAAUCGUUUAAGCAGGACUAUAGUUUGUCAGCAACGAGCUCGCUCUUCUCUACUGUUAUUUGCACAACUCAAAACCAGAUGGCGCCAAAACUGCAGUUAAACAAAGAAUCAGUAAAAAUGGGCAGUGUAACGUCUCAAAUUCUUGUCUCCUCUAGAGAAGAGGCUGCUAAUUUUGUUCGCAAAGCUUUGAGGCGAAAAGUUAUGGUCUCAAGUACAAGGCAGGCAGUGUCUGGGUUUCUCGCUGCUGGUGGAGCUACUGCUGCUCGAUAUGUUGCGAGGAAGAUAUCAAAAGCCUGGAAAUCUAGAACAUCAUGAGAUAGAAACCUUUUUCUUGUAGUAUAUACUUGUGCUGUUAUCAAUUUUGGUCGAGAUGCAGAAUAAUGUCGACAAAUCAUAGAUUGUGAUCUAUAUGUAAUGUACUAAAAUUGUUUGAUGGCAGUAGUUUAUGUAGGCUUUAGGAGGAUUUGUGAUACCUUCCUCAAAUUGACAGUUGGCAUUGAGAACC